AUGGUUGGCGGCAAGGAUGGCAAGGAUGGCAAGGAUGGUAGUGGGAGUGCGAGCCAAAAGCGUCUGGUAGAAACUGAGGGCCACAGCAAUGAACGGCUGCGAAAGCGACUACGUGGGGAGAGCGCCCAGGUCUUGAGUCUGGAUUCCGACCUCUCCGAGAGGCCACAACAUCGACAAGCUGCCAAAAGCCCUCAAAGUCCGGUGUCCCACCUUCACCACUCGCAAUCAGCCUCAAGACCCUCGACAUCGGCGACGCCAGGUCCGCCUAUUAUCAUUGACCUGACUGGUGACGAUGACGAGGAUAUUGCCAUGGAAUCUGCUCGUGAAGAGCCUAUCCUGGACUCCAAAGCUGACGAGCAUGAUUCUCACCAACAAGGGCAAUCGAGUAAGGCCAAAGCACCACUAGCCACUACGUCCAAGUUCACCAUGGCACACGAUCUCCCGCAGACAGUCGCACCGGAUAAUGAUGCCUGGUACGAUACCUGCUUCGGCUUGUCUUCUGUCAUGAAGGAUGUGGAUGUCAUUCCCGUUGAACUCGAGCUAUCCAAGGAAACGGCGAAAAUAGUAACCAUGAGCCCGCCUGGAAAUAUCGGGGCGGCUUCUUCUGCUUGUUCACCUACUCUUCGCCGCCUUCAAACGAGCGCAAAGGUGUUCUGGACGGCCCUCGUCGUCAUCCCAGAGACUCGCCGACAAUGCCAAUACGUUCAAGCCACUUUACGCGUUGUUGUCUACGGCUUGAUGUCCGAGAAGCUGACCGUUGCCAAAAUCUUGGGAAACGGCGAGCUUUUCCUUCAACACCCGUCGCUGUCUGAAUGCGACGGCCGAGUGCCAUAUUUCAACCCGCAAUACCUACUUCGUCCUGGCGGCUCCAUGCCUCCGCUGGAAAACUUGUCGAUUUCUCCUAGGAGUGCGGGAGGCGAAGCGACGACGGAGGUCGAAAUGACUCAGUUGCUGAAGAUCUUCGAGUCUGCCCACGACCCUGAUGCAACGUUCGGUAUACGCCCCAGCAAGCGGCUACAAUCUAAGCUCAAAGAAUCCAGCAGCCGAGUCACACUAAUCGUCACGCCCAAGUCCACCAUCCCCGAAUGGAACCAGCAAUUUGAGAAGUAUCACCAUUCUGCUCCCAGGUCAGAGAAGGUGACAGGAGGCCCUCUAUAUCAGAUGAAAUGGGCAAGGGUGAUACUUGAUGAAGCCCACCACGUUCGCAACCGAGGUUCGAAGGGCUUCUCGGCGGUGCAAGCUCUUCACUCCCCAUGCCGUUGGUGUCUGACCGGCACGCCGAUACAAAAUUGCCUCGACGACUUCGGGGCCUUGCUCAGCUUUAUCGGGGUCCAUUCCCUAGAAAAGGCGACCGAUUUCAAUCAUUGGAUAGCGGACCCAAUCAAGAAAAAGAAGGGUUACGCCUUCGAGCACCUCCGCAGUUUGGUAAAAGCCACUUGUCUACGGAGAACGAAAGAUAUCAUCGAGAGCAGUCUCAAAUUACCGAAGAAGCAGGAGGUCAACACGGUGUUGGAAUUGGGCAAGGGAGAAAGGGAGCUGUAUAACUUCUUCAAGAGCCGGGCUGCGACGAUAGCUCUUACAAUCGAAAAAGCCAAGGGCAAUAAAGCCAAACCACCGAAGUUGAAGAGAGGGCGGAGCAGUGGGAGUGGAAGCAAUAUCCUGCCCCUGAUAGGACAUCUUCGGCGUAUCUGUGACCAUGGGGAGAAUCUGCUUCCGGUGGCUGCCUUGCGAGCAUGGCAAGACAGAGACAUCGAGUCGCUUGACUGGCAAAUGAUGGCAAUGGGGUCUCAAAAGUGCGAUUCUUGCGGGGAGGAAUUGGAAGACGACGACCUCGACGUGCUGGGCCCGGCGGAGUUUGGCUGCGGCCACGCCAUCUGCGCAAAAUGCCUAGAAGCCGACGACAGAGAUGAGAGCCAGUCGCCACAAGGCUCAUGCCCAAAGUGUUCGGCAAAUUCGCCGGUCCCACCAGCCACAACCAAUGGAAACACCGCCGGCGAGUAUCAGCCUUCUAUAAAGAUUAAUGCGUUGCUACAGAAUCUGCGCAAGGAACUCGCAGGAGAGUCGACGGACGGGGAAGGAGGGGGAGAGGUUUCUAGAAGGUAA